AUGGAAGGGAAAGGAGGCCUUGGUAGAUUUUUCGAAACGGCUAAGCCAUACAUAGCCAUGAUGUCCUUACAAUUUGGCUAUGCUGGAAUGAAUAUAAUUACCAAAGUUUCACUUAACAGAGGCAUGAGUCACUAUGUGCUUGUGGUCUAUAGACAUGCCUUUGCCACUGCAGUUAUUGCGCCCUUUGCCCUCGUUCUUGAACGGAAAGUGAGGCCGAAGAUAACAUUUCCAAUUUUCCUGCAGCUAUUUGCGUUGGGACUUCUUGGGCCAGUUAUUGAUCAGAACUUCUACUAUGCUGGACUUAAAUUUACUUCCCCUACUUUCUCAUGUGCAAUGAGCAAUAUGCUUCCUGCAAUGACAUUUGUCAUGGCAGUCCUCUGCAGAAUGGAGAAGGUCAACAUAAAGAAGGUCAGGUGCCAAGCAAAGGUGGUGGGAACAAUAGUGACAGUGGCUGGAGCCAUGCUUAUGACACUGUACAAAGGUGAUGUAUUAAACAUGGUAUGGUCCAAGUACAUACAUCCUAAGGAAACCAAUGUUCCUGGCACAGUUGGAGCCACUGACAAGGACUGGCUUAAAGGCUCAAUUCUUCUUAUUAUUGCCACCCUUGCCUGGGCUUCUUUCUUCAUCCUGCAGGCUAUCACUAUGAGGAAAUACACAGCCCAUCUUUCCCUAACAACCCUUGUGUGCUUCUUGGGAACAUUGCAAUCUAUAGCUGUCACCUUUGUAAUGGAGCGCAAAUCAUCUGUUUGGACCAUUGGGUGGGACAUGAACUUGCUAGCUGCUGCCUAUGCUGGUAUUGUUUCGUCAAGCAUUGCGUACUAUGUACAAGGACUCGUCAUGCAAAAAAGAGGGCCGGUUUUCGUGACUGCAUUCAGUCCAUUGAUGAUGAUCAUUGUAGCAAUCAUGGGCUCUUUCAUCCUUGCCGAAAAAAUAUAUGUUGGCGGUGUUCUUGGGGCAGUGUUGAUUGUGAUCGGACUUUACUCCGUGCUAUGGGGCAAAUACAAGGAGUACAAGGAGAAAGAAGCUGAAGAAAUUCUGGAACCAGUAAAAUCAGGAGGCGCCGGAAAUAACCAAAACAUAAUGGUGAUUAAAGAUAUCGAAGCAAAUAAUGUUAUAGAAAUGCAGAAAAAUGAAGACGAAAAAAUGUAUGUUCCAGCCGUAGCCAUCAGUGCUCCAAUGCCAGUUCCUCCAAUGAUAUCCAUGGAAGUGCCAAAAGCUUAA